GGAGGAGCGAAGACUGGAAGCUGGAGUGAUUGAUAAGGACCAUUCUUACCUUCAGAAAAUAAGAUAUCUAUUGAAGUUUGUGCUCUGAUCCUAAGGGUGGGUGUCUCCUAUUAAAGGCGCACCACCAGGACGCAGUUAUUACCGCCUGAGCGUAAAAGGCUCCUGUUUGUUUCUGGACUGCAGGGAUAAUAAGAAUAAAAAAAAGGAGCAGCUUUGGAUUGAAGAGGAGCUCGGAUGAGAUGCUCACCCUGACGCUUCAGAAGACGAAUAAUCGUGUCUGACCCCAUCAGAGAAACCACAUCCAGUUGUUUUUUGUUUUUUUUUUCCACUCUCCAGGACGCAAAUGUCUCUAAAUCACCAAAACGCCAGUGGAUUGUAGCAGCAGCCCCACCGAUGGUUUAAAAGGGCGUUAAGGUGCGGGAAGGGAGUGGGACAGUUACAGGAUGAGUGAGCGAUACACGCAGAUUGGAAGCAAAACGGCUCUUCUUGUAGCGGUGCUUGUGAUCAGUGUCUGGGAGAUGUCUGCACCGACAGAAGGCUCUACAGCAGCGCACCAAGUCCGGACAGGCACCUGUGAGGUAGUGGCAUUGCAUCGCUGCUGCAACAAAAACAAAAUCGAGGAGCGAUCGCAAACUGUGAAGUGCUCCUGCUUUCCCGGACAAGUGGCCGGCACCACCAGAGCUGCCCCAUCAUGUGUAGACGCCUCUAUAGUGGAGCAGAAAUGGUGGUGUCAGAUGCAUCCGUGCCUUGAUGGGGAGGAAUGCAAAGUCCUUCCUGAUCUGAAGGGCUGGAGCUGCGCUACAGGGAACAAGAUCAAAACCACUAAGAUUUCUGCGGACAAAGACCAGCUUUGGUAACGGCGAAUACAACACAGUGGAAUCCAGGUGAUGAAGGUAAACUGCGAGCUCUGGUCUUGUUUGAUCAUCAGAGAAGAAGAAAGUGAUGCAAAGGACCUUUCUGUAAAUAGAGACCUCCUUUCUUCUGGACUGCAAUGACUCUUUGGAAAAACGCUGAAUGCUUCUUUACAAACAUUAUGGACAUCCAAAAGAAGAGAAGAUCCUAUUGACAGUACUGGUCAUUCAGCCCGUCUUUUUCAAGUGACUGCAUAUAAUUAGCCUUACAGGACAACAGGACUUCUUCUCUGACACUAUACUGCUUGUAGUGGAAUACAAUGGUGACUUUGCCUUUAUGUGAAUUACAAGAGUAACAUUUCCUUUAUGAGGGUUUUUUUUCUUUCUCCAAUGCAUUGUGUCACCAGUUGAACAGGGUGAACAGCAGGUCAGUAUGUUGUAAGAAUAGCAAGAUCAGCACAAAUCGUGAUUCUGUUUAUGAGUCCAUUGUGACUUUCAUCUCUAAAAAACUAGAGUGUUAACCAAGUUAGAUGAAAAUAUGUAGCUAAGCAGCAGAUCUUUGGGGUGAUUUUCAGGGAAAUGCACAACCACAUUGAAGCGCCACUGUGUGGAUUUUAUAACGGCAGCAAAAGGAGAAGAAAAAUCGACUUAAGCCCAGACAUAUAUUUGUCACCCGGGAUAUUAUUGAGUUAAAAAACUCCUGUCUCCCCAGACUUUAUUCAGAAAUAAACUGUAAACGGAAAAGCAGGUGGUAAAGUGUUUUUCACAAACCCAUUUUUUGAGAAUAUAUUAACAGCGCGUUUCUACUGAAAUCUAAGAUCAUUUGCAUUUUGCUUGUAUACGUCCAUUAGAGGUAGAAUAUCAUUUUUAGUAUGAGCACAGAUACAGUGUCCUGCCAGUACUGUAAAUGGUACAAACUGAUCAAACCAACCGUCCGUUAACAGACAAAAAAAAACUGGAUUCAA